GGUUGGUUUCCACCCAGCUCUAUCUCCUACCCUGAGCAGGGUAACGGUGUUUCUAAACCUUCAAGUGAAACUGAAAACCCAAUCUAAGGGAUGAGUAUGACGGGACGGGAUGCUGAAGGUUUAAUAAUACCCCGGAAAAUCUCGAAUCCCUGUCUCUCCUCUCCAUCAGUUAGAGAUCUCAACAGAGAAAUCAAAUGGAAUGCUAAAACUGGUGUAAACGUAUUGAAUAAAUCUGAACUGGAGAAGGUUCUGGAGAGACAGAAGAGGUUGAGGGAGGAGAGGGAGAGGGAGGAGGAGAAGGAACCAGAAACCCCGUUCCAGAAGAUGCUAGCAGAGAGAGCUAAACGAUUAGAACAGUUGAAUGCAGAUAAAAUUGAGUGUGAAGAGAAAAUCGAAGAAGAAGAAAAAAUCAACAUUUUUCUCAAGAAUAAUACAAACAUUAAUCAUCCAACAUCUUCCAAACAAAAGUUGACAACAAAUCCACGAAAACGAUGGGAUCCAGUACAUAGUGUACACGAGGCACAUGUUCUUCCAGAAACUAAGACUGAGAUUAGAAAAAGUUCCACACUUGGUCAAAAAAGCAGGAGUAAUUGGGAGCUGAGUAAAAACUCUGUAAGCAGUAAGAGCAGCUGGGAUAACAACAGUACCGGGAGCAGUAGUAAGAGCAGCUGGGACGGAAAUAGCAGUAAGAGCAGCUGGGAUGGAAACAGCUCAGGAAGCAGCAGCAAAAGCAGCAGUCCGGAACCUGAAUCUGAAUUUUUAAAAGUAUUUGCACAGCUGAGAGGUUCUAGCAAAGCUGUUGCCUAGCUAGAAUUGUUAUGAACUGCAUGUCGGAAAAAUGUUGUCUACUUCAUGUAUCGAGAAAUGUUGUCUACUUCAUGUAUCGAGAAAUGUUGUCUACUUCAUGUAUCGAGAAAUGUUGUCUACUUCAUGAAUCGAGAAAUGUUGUCUACUUCAUGUAUCGAGAAAUGUUGUGUACUUCAUGCAUCGAGAAAUGUUGUGUACUUCAUGCAUCGAUAAAUAUUGUGUACUGCAUUUUACUGAUUAUUAAUAACUUGAACUACUUUAAAUUACAUAUUACAUAAAAAAUGUAUAGAAUUUAAAAAUUGUAAUCCAAAUUUUUGUUACUAAUGGUGUCAUGUUUUACAGUGUACCACAUUAAAUUCGAUCUCGAGAGCCUUA